AUGAUAUUUCAGAAGUCCAUGGAAGAAGGCGAACUGCCGGAGGAGUGGAAAACGGCCCAGGUUUCUCCAAUCUAUAAAGGCGGAUCCAGGCUGAAGCCCGAAAAUUACCGUCCUAUUAGUUUAACCUGCAUUUUGUGCAAGGUAAUGGGACGACUUAUUAAAGGACACUUAAUGUCGUAUCUGGAGCAGAGGGACCUGCUUUGUGCUGCUCAGCACGGAUUUCGUCGUGGUCACUCCUGUCUUACAAGCAGUCUUUACUCUCAGGAGCCAUAGACCAGGGCCGUCCAGUGGACGUCACCUUCUUUGACAUUAAGAAGGCGUUUGAUAGCGUUCCUCAUGGACGACUCCUAUAGAUGAUUUGGGAGUGUGGAAUACAGGGCAACAUUUUUAAGUGGAUUAAAAGUUUCCUGUCAUGCAGGCUCCAAAAAGUGAUCGUUGGUACUACUGCAUCCGAAUAGGUGCUAGUAAAAAGUGGCGUUCACAGGGUUCAGUCUUGGGUCCUCUCCUCUUCCUCAUCUAUAUGACUGUCCUUCAGACCUUGAGUGCGACGACACCAUGUUUGCAGAUGAUAUAAAGAUCUGGAAAACAAUCAGCUGCGUUGACGACUCACAGAAACUACAGAAAGAUGUUGAUAAGCUGGCUGCAUUGUCCAGCAAGUGGCUUCUAGUGUUUAACGUAUCCAAAUGUGCAGUCUUGUGACUAGAAUCUGGUCGGAGGCGCUUCCCAAAACACCAGUACACCAUAAAUGGGGUUCCACUAAAAGAAAAUGGACACGCACAAAGACCUAGGUGUCUGGACAUGUUUAAACUUGCUGCCCUCCCAGCACUGUAAGUCGUUCAAAAGGCAACCAGCAUCAUGCACUGGACUAGGCGUGCCUUCAAAAUCUUUCCUCCAGAUCUCUUCUCAUAGAUAUUCGGCACUUUCGUCAGACGGCCUUUGGAAUACGGAAUGCCAUCAUGGAUGCCCUGGAUGAAGAAAGACAGUGAUGCCAUAGAGCUGGUGCAACGACGGGCCGCAAAACUGGUGGACGGUCUCAGGACUCUGUCAUGCCCAGAAGGACUGAUCCAGCUAAACUUGUUCCCCAUUUCCUAUAGACGAAUGAGGUGUGACCUGUUAUGUACAUUCCGCAUUAUCCACGGGCAUGAAUGCUCGCUCAAAUCUGAAGAGUUCUUUGAAUUCACGACCACGAGUCACCUGCGCGGUCAUCCGUACAAAGUCAGGCGGGAGCGUACACGCCUAGACCAUCAGAAGUUUUCCUUCAGCCAGCGUGUUGCUCGACCGUGGAACUCACUCCCAAGUGGAAUAGUGACAUCUGAUACAAUGGCUGUAUUCAAAAGGCAGCUCGAUCGUUUGAUCUUUGAUAAACGACGACUAUCACUGCAGGACUAUCUGCGGUCAGUCAUAAAUUUCAUUUCUCGAUUUCAUCCUUAUGCAACACAUCCCUGACGUUUAAUGACAUUUCCCCUCUCAAACUACGCAAAUGACUGCACUUUGUGCUGAUUGUAUAUAAUUGCAAUUGGGCGCUGCUAUCCACGAAGCCAACCGCAUAGCCGCCGCCAAAGCGAAACGCGAAGCCCGCAAAUCACAACUUCGCCCAGUACGGAACGCCGCCGCACAACCGCUUCCAACGUGUCCUCGAUGUCAACGGACAUUCCGGGCUCGAAUCGGACUUGUUGGACAUCUUCGGACCAACUGCGCCUCUCGAACUGUACCAACCAUCGUCCCCCCGCCCGACUCUUCCUCCCCGCCACCGCCAACUAACUCUGACAAUUCUUCUGAACCACCACUUCCAUCAUCAUCAUCAUCCUCCUCCUCCUCCUCCUCCUCCAACGGCGGCCGCUCAGGCGACUGUCACGCGCGCAACAACCGACGCCACCACCACCUCCACCGACUCCAGCGAUGAGGAUCAGGAUUAA